CUCAGACAGUCGUUGUCACUGAGCGAGAGGUGAAAUGGCGCAGAAAGGAGUUCAGCUGGACCGGGAAACCUUCUCUUGUUCCAUUUGUCUGGAUCUACUAAAGGAUCCGGUGACUACUCCCUGUGGACACAACUACUGCAUGAACUGUAUUAAAAGCCACUGGGAUGUAGAGGAUCGUAAGGACAGCUACAGCUGCCCUCAGUGCAGGAAGACAUUCACACAGAGGCCUGACCUGCUGAAAAACAACUUGUUAGCAGAUUUAGUGGAGGAGCUGAAGAAGACUGGACUCCAAGCUGCUCCUGCUGAUCACUGCUAUGCUGGAGCUGAAGAUGUGGCCUGUGAUGUCUGCACCGGGAGAAAACUCAAAGCACACAAGUCCUGUCUGCAAUGUCUGGCUGCUUUCUGUGAGCAACACCUUCAACAUCAUUAUGAAUCAGAGACAUUCAACAAACACAAACUGGUGGAGCCGUCCAAGAAGCUCCAGGAGAACGUCUGCUCUCGUCAUGAUGAGGUGAUGAAGAUUUUCUGUCGUAUUGAUCAGCAGCUUAUCUGUUCUCUCUGCUUAAUGGAGGAACACAAGGCUACGACAUAGUCUCAGCUGCAGCAAGAGAGCUGAGAGGCAGAGAGGCUCGAGGGGAGUCGACAAAACAUCCAGCAGAGAAUCCAGGACAGAGAGAAAGAUGUGAAGCUGCUUCAACAGCAGGCGGAGGCCAUCAAUCUCUGUGCUGAUAAAGCAGUGGAGGACAGCGAGAAGAUCUUCACUGAGCUGAUCCGUCUCCUGGAGAAAAGAAGCUCUUUUGUGAAGCAACAGGUCAGAUCCCAGCAGAGAAGUGAAGUGAGUCGAGUCAGAGAGCUUCAGGAGAAGCUGGAGCAGGAGAUCACUGAGCUGAAGAGGAAAGACGCUGAGCUGAAGAAGCUCUCACACACAGAGGAUCACACCCAGUUUCUACACAACUACCCCUCACUCUCACCACUCAGCCAAUCAACAUCCAGCAUCCAUAUCAGUCCUCUGAGCUGCUUUGAGGACAUGACAGAGGCCGUGUCAGAAGUCAGAGAUAUCCUACAGGACGUCCUGAGAGAGAAGUGGAAAAACAUCUCACUGACAGAGACUGAAGUGGAUGUUUCACUACCACAACCAGAGCCGAUGACCAGAGCUGGAUUCUUAAAAUAUUCACAUGAAAUCACACUGGAUCAAAACACAGCAAACACAGAUCUGUUAUUAUCUGAGGGGAACAGGAAAGCUACAGUAAUGAGUCAACAACAGUCUUAUUCUAGUCACCCAGACAGAUUCACUGACAUGUUUCAGGUCCUGAGUAGAGAGGGUCUGACUGGACGUUGUUACUGGGAGGUGGAGAGGAGAGGAGGAGUUUAUGUAGCAGUUGCAUACAAGAAUAUCAGCAGAGCAGGGGAGUCGGAUGAAUGUGGAUUUGGACGAAAUGAAAAAUCUUGGGCUUUAGAUUGUGACAACAACAGGUAUACAUUUUGGUCCAACAAAGUUCAAACUCCCGUCUCAGGUCCUAAGUCCUCCAGAAUAGGAGUGUACCUGGAUCACAGUGCAGGUAUUCUGUCCUUCUACAGCGUCUCUGAAACCAUGACUCUCCUCCACAGAGUCCAGACCACAUUCACUCAGCCGCUCUAUGCUGGACUAAGGUUUUAUUGGUUUGGACACUCUGCUGAGUUGUGUAAACUGAAAUAGACAGAAGUCAUUAAGGGUUAAAUUCUGUGGGGUUUUUUAUUUGUGAAAUUCUUUGUUUUCAGCGUUUUUUUCUCAAUGAUUGAUGUUUUUCAUGUUCUUUCAUGUUUUUUGUAGCUUUUUUAUUUUUUUUGAAUCCCUAACCAGGAAACGAGGAGCAGGAUGAGGUGACUAGAGUCUCUCAAAAUCUGAGGAAAAUCUUUUAAACUGACCUUUGUUGAUCUGAAAUGAAGACAGAUUCAGCAACUGCACGGCCUAUUUCUCUCUUCAGAUGUUUUCAGAAACACGUUUCGGUGAACUAUUUUAGUACAAUAUGAAAUAUCGGAUUCUGAACGAGUUCGUCCAAUCAGCUGCCGGUUUUCAUUUUUGGGGCGACAAUCCAGAUUAGUGCCGCCUGCUGUUAUGGAGACGUAUUAAGUCUCGUCUCUUCGGUGUGUUCUGAGGAACAUUUUGGACCAACUCGGGGAGACUGAUCAGUCACACUGGCUUUACUGCCGAGGGUCCGUAUUGUUAAUAAUAAUUUUUCAUUAAAAAACGGUCAGAAAAUGCUGUUUUCAGCCUCUCAAAUAUGAAGAACUCUGGCUCUUUCCUGUGUUAUCUUAUAUUACACUGAAUAUCUUUUGGGUUUUGGGUAAAAUAGCUAUUUAAAAAGAGGUGAUCUCUGGGCUUUAGGGAACACUGAUCCACAUUUUUCACCAUGUUCUGAUAUUUUAGAGUACACACACACACACACACAACCACACAAACAAACAAACAGACCACACACACACACACACACACACACAUAUACACACACACACAAGACACACACACAACAACACGGUUUUAAAAGGAGUGUUUUAGCAGUAACAGAAUUGAUUGAUAGCCCAAUGACUUCACUGUGUUUUCUUUUCAAUUUACAUUUUACAUUAUAAUCAAGUUGAUUUUGUGCUGUUAACUGUCUGGUUUUAUACAGUCUGCAUGUGGCGUCUCCAUGGUAUGCUGCCUUAACAUUCGCUCUGUUGUAGAGUUAUUUUGGGUAAAAGUGUGUUUUGUAUUUAUUUAUCUUCAGCAUUCAGAUACUUGAGUAAAUGCAGUAUGUUGAUUUGGAUUCUUUCAUGGUUUUAAAUGGUGUUUUUCUCUUCAUUUGUUGUCAACAUGUAACCAUUUUGCUUCAAAUUCUCUCCAUUCUUAUUAGUUUUAGCAGUGGGUGUGAGAACUGUGACCCUAUGUUCCUCAUCAGCUGGUUGGAGCCAGAGAGAGAAAGAGGACAUGUUUGGUGAUAUAUAUACUAAACUCUUAACCCAGUUAUCACAACCUCUGUGUGUGUAAUCUUCCUGAUGUUAGUGUGUAUGAUUAACACUUAAAAUGUUAACAAUGUAAAUAUUGCUGGGAAACCUGUGAAAAAACCCAAUAAAGAUAAUUGCAAUAAUGUGUA